UUUAAAUCCACCCCUCCUUCCCCCCAACACCAUCAUUACACACCUUCAGUUUCAUUUUCACCUUCGAUCACUAACCAUCAUGAACCACCGUCUUCUCUCUCUCCCCCGAACCAGCAGCUGCAAGAGCACCACCCCAAUCAUCCCAUCUAGUUACAUCUCCUCAACCUCCUUCCUCCUCGACCCCACCGACGUCGACAAACCGCUCGCCCGAAGAGACUCACCCGUGUUAGGCUGCGGUCCCCGCUUCUUCACAUCCGGAUCAUUUAUCCGAACAAUAAUAAACAUGAUAUCCGUCCCCACUGUAUUCCCAUCGUGCCGGUGGCUUAGUUUACCUGGGCAACUGCCAGGUAGGAAAGUCACCGGCACGUUGUUCGGGAACAGGAGGGGACAUGUCAGCUUUGCGGUACAAAAUGACCCGAGAUCUUACCCUAUAAUAGUGGUACAGCUGGCAGUAACGACAGCGAAUCUGGUAAAAGAAAUGUCGUCAGGGUUAGUUAGGAUUGCGUUGGAGUGCGAAAAGCAGCACGCGCGAGGUGGGAGAGGGGGACACACGAAGCUGUAUAAUGAGGCCACGUGGAGUAUGUAUUGUAAUGGGAGGAAGUGUGGGUACGCGUUGACCCGUGCGUGUACAGAGUCGGAUUGGCACGUGUUGAGCACGGUGCAAACUGUUUCGGUUGGGGCGGGUGUGAUACCGGUUGUGGAGGAUGGUGGGAAAAGGAAGGGUGAAGGUGAAGGGGAGCUUUUGUAUAUGAGAGCGAGGUUUGAGCGAGUUGUGGGGAGUCGUGACUCGGAAGCGUUUUAUAUGAUGAACCCGGAUGGGAGUGGAGGGCCUGAACUCAGUAUAUUUCUGCUUAGAAUAUAGUUGUAGUGAAAUGAGUUUGGUUUCGAUACAGUUGUUUGUAAUUUUAUAACGAGUUAAUCUACUUGUUAAAGGAGUACAUUAAUGUAUUAAGUGAAUAUGGACUUGGUCGGCAUGAGUCACCGAUCCAUUAUUAGAUCUA